AAACAAAGAUGUUCCUUUAUUUUAUUAUUUUGGCUUUGCUGACAAACGUUGUAGCACAAUUUAGUUAUCGUGCUCAUAAGUCAUCGUCUCGUUAUUCUUUUACUGUUUACAAAAAUAAAAAAGUAGAUGACAGUACAAACAUGGUAGAAAUGCGCACAGAUUAUAAUGAUUACCAUGGUUGCAUUAAAGCUUGCUUUAAUAAAGGUAUAAUGUGCAAAUCAAUGGACGCUGCAAUUGUGGAUAAAAAAUUUACUUGUCGGUUGUUCAAUGAUGAUUUUCCGAAAAUUCAACAAGCGGAAGGAUUUAUGUUUAUAUCUACAAAACCGCCAAAUUGCUCUCAAAGCUGCAGUUUAACACUGGAUUUAUGCGGAAAAUGUGAGUGUAAUCCGUCUUGUGCUGGGAGAAAUCGACGUCAGCAUAGCUGUAAUUGCAGAAAAGCUGCAGGAAUAGCAAAGAGUUGUCAAGAGCACUAUGAUAAUGGUUUUACCAAAACAGGCAUAUUUCAAAUUAGUCCCAAAGAUUUGGUGUUUGACACACUAUGUGAAAUGGAAAAAUUUGAACACCAAAACCCUCAAGUUAUAGUGUUGAACAAAAACAAACAGAUUGCUACAAUAAAUAAUUUGGAAAAAGAGUAUUCAGUUUAUUUUAAAUUUAAACUUAUAUCAAAUGAAGGUUUUGCAAAUGUCAUUUAUUUUACCACUGGAUUAGACAUAUGUCUCUUUGGAUGUGGAAUUCCUUCUGUAUUUAUUGAAUCUACAGGAGAAUUGCGCAUUUCUUCUGUAAUAAAUGACAAUUAUGAUUAUGUUGUGCGCACAUCGAAAAUACCGUUUAAUCAGUGGUCAAGUAUAGAAAUUUCACAGACUCAAAGUAGUGGCAAUUAUAUAUAUACAGUGUAUUUAAAUGGACAAACUGUUACAAGUGUUUUUAAUAAAAAACCUCAAAUGUUUCCAAAUGUCAAUGUGUAUGCAACACAUCCGUGGCGGAAUGGAGCUGUUGGUUUUAUUAAAGAUCUCAAAAUUAUAAAUGGAAAUGACACUGUAGACUUGUUAAAAGUUGAUGGGCAUAUGUUAAUCAGAGAUAACUUGAUUACAUCCAUACAGUUUCUUGAAAAAGAAUAUUCAGUUUUUUUAAAACUUAAACUAUUAAAGUUGUCUUACCAAAGUUGGACAAAUGUAAUACAUUUGACUACUGGAGGUGAUAACGGAAAAUAUGGAUUCAGAACCCCUGCUAUAUUUAUUAGUCCAAACAGUCCAGAUAAAUUACAAAUUGCUUCUGCAAUUAAUGGAAGUUUUAACUAUGUCUUCUAUACCCAAUCACUACCACUGAAUGAGUGGUCAAGCAUAAAAGUAUCGCAAACUCAACUCAAUGAAAAGUAUAUAUACACUGUCUAUUUAAACGAAUUAUUGAUUUUUAGCAUUGAAAACACAAUGCCACAAUCUUUUUCUAAUGUUUUGGUGUAUGCAGCAGAUCCAUGGAAUACUGCACAGGAUGGUUUAAUCAAAGAUUUCAAAAUUACAACUGGAAAUAAUAUUGUUCAACUUUAUAAAUAUGCUUGGAUUCCAAUAAUGACACGAUUCGCAAGUUGGGAACCAAUGUUUUGGGACAGAACUUUUCAAGCUUAUGAAGAUGGUUUUGGUUUAAUUAAUCAACAAUGGAUUGGUUUAAAAAAACUGAAUCAACUUACAAGCGUUUUUUUUACAGAUAUGAGAGUUGAUUACUUUGUAAGUAAAGAUAUAAAAUUAAGUACAAUCUAUCAUAACGUCAUUGUUGGCUCUAGUAAUGACAAAUAUGUUUUAACUUACGAUAGUUAUGAUCCUAAAGGCUUAAUUGAACCAGAUCAGCUAAACGCAAAUGGAAAAAAAUUUCUAGAAUGCAGUAAUUGGUGGACAGAUAUAUGUGAUAAAACUAUAUUUCCUACUUCAACAAACUUCAUAUCUUUUGGAUCAAAUCGAGAACUGGUUUCUAUUCAAUUUCUGUUACGAACAAAGAAAUACAGAGCUUAAAUUAAAAUCUACAUUUUUGGAAACUUGCUUCUAGUAAUGGUGUUUGGUGUUGGUUUUUUGAGUAACGGCGUUUGGAGUUCUAUAAACCCAGAUUGUUUUUUUUUAUUUUACUGUUUUUUAUAUCGGAUGGUAUACACGCCUAUUUUGAAUUUCGCGUUCUAGAAAAUUAUAAACACAAGUUCUGUGCUUUAACGACCACAUAACCAGGUUUCUUCAUUGUUGAAUUUUGUUCAGCAUCAAUUUCCGUAUCUCUACUGUAGCCGACAAUAUCCUUAAUAUUCUGAUAUCUUUUAAGCGAGAAGUCAGCUUUACUAUGCUGAAAAUACAUUGAAUAAAAUGUCAGAUUUGCUAUGCGAAAAUCGUCUUUGCGAAACAAUGAAUCAUUUUUUUUUAAAUAAUAUUCAAUAGCGCCGAUACUUGAAUUCGAAAAAACUAAAUAUGACAGAAAUUAUAUUUAAAAAGAAAAUCAUAUUAUGUUGUUA